AAACUUUUAAAAAUACAAUCGACAUUGCUGGAAAGUAGGCGUCUUUUGCACUGUGUCGAUAGUAAAUAUGAAUUCGCAAUACAAAUAUUUCAAUUAUGAUCAAGUGUUCCGAGACACUUCCAGGAUAACUUUGCAUAAUAUCUAUUAUGCAUAUAAUCCAUAAUCAAAGUAAUAUCAUUACGUUUUAAAAAUAAUUAAAAUAAGUAUUCACAAAAGGUACCAAAGUAUAGUUAUUAAAAUAGUGGGGAGAAAAGAUAUACAAUAAAAACGAAGGUGAAACCGAGUGUGAGUUAGCAGACAUCUAAAAAUUUUUUUUUUUAAAGAAUUUAACAAUUACAUAUUAAAUACUAAUCUACGCUAACCGUAUUACGGGCACUAGCAUACAACAAUCUAAUACUAUCGCAAUAUCCGACUCCACGUCGUGAUGUUGCUACUAAAAUAUAAGCGUCGCCAGCUCUCAAAAUUCGUUUUGCUUUGCAAUAAUCAAGAGCAGCAUGAACACGUGCUUCUACUUCCAACAUAUAAUGACCUGUUAUUUUUAAGUAUUUACAUAAAAAUCCCGCGGAACGUAAUGUUUAUUAUGAAUGAGGUUUAUCAGUAAACUCUUUAUAUUUGACAACAAUCCAUUAAAGUCAAAAUUACGUAAUAACAUUCACAUCAUCCUACAAAAAAAUACUUUAUACCUUCAUUUAAAGUUAUAUACUUUAUUUAACAAAGAGUUUACAUUGCACACCAUCAAAUGCACUUAAUUAAAUUAAAGCCAACUGUAAAAAAAUGUAAUAUUCCUAUAUUAACAUGAACACAUCUACGUUGAAGGUUAUGUCUACAUGUAUCGUUAUCUUCAAUGCAGUAUUGAUAGUAUACAUAUUAUUAUCAUCUAUAGUCAAUCAGUAGGUUAAUAUGUCGUAGGAAUAACAAUAUGCACAAUAUCAAAUAGUUUAUCUAUUAUCAUAUUUUAAAUGAAUAUAAUUUUAUUUAGAAGCUAUAAGUCAAUUUUAUAUUAUUUAUUUUAGUCGCUGUCAUUGCAUUCGAGUACCCUAACUCAUGCUUGAUGUUUAAUAAUAAUAAUAUAAUAAAGGAAACUCGUAGACAGCCUUCCCGAAUGGCUAUACAUUACUUUUGGUGGUCGGUGCACCUGGCCCUAUUCAUGUUGACUGGCCAAACAAUACGUGCUGCAUACAUACUCAUAUACGACAGCAUCGCAAAGAACAUUGAGUUAGGCCCAACCUAACUCAAUGUGUUUAGAAUUUAGAUUUUCUUUGUUAAGUUUCUUAAUAAUGGCACGAUUUUUUUAUUUUCGUAGUUUGAAAUUUUAGAGGUAAUUAAAAUAUAGAUAAAUUUACAGUGAGUAAAUAUGCCAUUUUCUAGGUAGGGCUUAAACAUGACAAAGCCUUAGCUGGUCAUGUACUGUAAGUAGCUAAUUGCAGAGAAUAUCAUGAAGCCCAGCUAUAUGUGUAAAAUAAAAAUAUGACUGCUCCGUUUUAUUAUACAUUUAGUAUUAUAUGUAUUGGUGAACUUCAAUACUUUGCAUUUUCGUGUUAUAAUGUAUCGUGUCUGUGUGUUACACCUAAUGUCUGAUUUACUAGACACUAUUCGAUUUAAAUAAGUUUUUGGCAAUCAUAGAUACUGAUUUUAAAACACCUGCAUGAUUGUAAUUAAUUCUAAGCCUGCAUGCGCGUAGUUUUUUUAGCGAUAUGAAAAACUUAGUGCUUGCUAUAUCAGCCUUUAGUUUUAACUAAUCUCGUUACAUGAUAAACCGAGGAAUAAUAAAAUCAACAGACAAUACAUUUAUCCAAUUGGCUCCAAAAAGUACAACUCAUCGACAGUUUAAUUAUCUCACCAGACUUAAUUAACUAAUGGGGCCAUCAAUAUUUAUUGACAUUGUAUUGUAAGUACUUACGUGUAUAUUGUACAGUAAAUUAUGGAAUAGAAGCUGUUUCACCCGGUGAUCACUUAUGAUUGAUGAUUCCUUUAUCAUUUUAGUACUAUCUAAUAUCUAUCUAUCUAUAUCGACACCUUUUGUAUUUAACGUCACUUUGAUAGUACCAAAUAUCUUGUUGUUUAGAUUGUCUCGAAGACGGCUGGUCGAUUAAAAUUAAUACUCAAUGCAGACAUCCUUGUUAUUGAGUUUUCCUUUUUAAUAUUUACUUAGAUAUUACUACCAAGAAUUAGUUCAUGUAACGAAGAAAUAACAAAUAAAAAUAGAAAGGUUCUUGUGUGCUAAUAAUGUAGUUUAUGGAUAGUUUGUACAUAAUGCUGUUAGGUACGAAUCUACAGAUUAGUAGAAAAAUACUAUCCAGAAGGAUGCGAGGCAAGAAAAAUAACAUAGGGAACCGCUUGUCUAGUUUCGGAUUUCGGACCCUAAUCAUGAGUUCCCUACAAAAUUCUAUUCAAUUCAGUCUGGAGAUUUUGAAGAGUAGUGAAUAAAGUAAUCUGCACGCAUAUAAAUAAAUAGCUAUCCUGUAAAAGCUAGCAGUAUAAUAAUUCAAUAUAGCUUUGUCGUUUACAAGCAACAAUUUAAUAUCGAUUACGUAGUCUUUUACUUUUAAAUGCAGCAAACCUACAAACAUAUUAUGUUCGAAAUGUUUCCGAAACCAGAUUAUCCGGAAAAGAACUGGGGUCACCGGCAUAGCUUGCAGAAUCGGCAAGCUAAGUUGCUAGUGGGCUGGCCAUGUCAGUCGGACGACUGAUGGCUGUCGGAGCGGACCAGUCCAUGCGUGGAGACUGCGAAUCUACAAUCGUAGUGCUGGACAUCUCACCAGCCAGAUGGACAAACGAUCUGAAAGAAAUAAGUGUAUCACCGAGAAGAAGCGACGGGAACUCGAAAACGAAACCAUAAAUCAACUUGAAGAGCUCUUAGGUACCUGUCUCGCUGAAGUCAAGCAACCGGAUAAGAACGGAAUAGUUCGCGAGGCCACCCGGCAGAUCCAGGAGGUGCUGCGGCGCCGGCGGGAGUGCCCCGAGGAGUGUCCGCUGCGCGUCGCGCAGUGCCUGUCGCCCGUGCAGGCCGGCGAGGUCAGCUCCACGCAGCCGUCCUGCGCUGGCUUACAGUACUCCGAGCUCACCUCGCUCAUAGAGGCUCUCAAGCAUUACACCGGCACCCUCGGUUGGGUUUUAUUGGAAAUAAACUCAAAGGCUGAAAUUGAAUGUAUAACCGAAAAUAUUAAAGAGCUCACUCUGCAGGACAGAACUGAGCUGUAUAAGAAAUCAAUUUUCUCCCUUUUGCAUGUCAAAGAUCAUGCAAAAUUGAGACCAUUGUUAAGAAAUAUACAAACUUUUAACUGGGGUGCGGGAGAAAUCGACAAAUUCCAAGCUAUACAAGCUCGUCUCCUUAUCAAAAAUUCCAAUGGGACUGACAGUGUUGGGUACGCCGAGUGCGUGAUCCACGCUGCGCCCGUGCGCGGCUCGUCGUCGGAGGAGGCCGGCUCCGUCAUGUGCGUCAUCCGGCGCUGCGAGGACGCGUCGGCCGCACUUCUCCCCGGCGACGGCGGCCCGCCCGCCAUCACCGCCAAACAGUCCGAUCAUAUCGUCUUCAGAUUGGAUUGCAACUUCAUUAUUUUAUUUUGUGAUUUAAGUGGAGUGGAAAACUUAAUAAACACUGCUAUACCUCUCGUGGGUAGUCGUUAUUUGGACCUUGUUGAGAAUAGUGAUCGUGUUCGUGUUACUGCACACUUGCAAGAAGCUGUGUGUCUUCCCGCACCACCCGCGAUUAGCGAACCUUUUCGGUUACGCAUUACUCCAGACAGUCCUAGCUUUAGAGUUAUAGCUCGAUCUCGUCUUUUUCGAGCAAAGCCUUCAUCGGGAGAGCCUGAUUUUAUAAUGUCUACGCACACUGUUCUCGGUGACGAAGAUAUGGAUCUUCUAGAAGCGGACGGACCUCGUCCUCCUGUUGGUGGGCCGCUAAUGGCAUCUGUUGGAAAUGGGGAAUCUUCGAAUUGUGAACCCAGAUAUCGUUCUCCUAUAAGUCCCAAUGAAGGCCAGUUUCUUAAUGAUUUUGACCUAGAACCAUGGUCCUUGCUGGGUGACAUGUCGAGCGAAGAGUCUAAAGACCGAAAAGACAGUGUCGAAGGACCUUCGCAACCCUUAACCCCACGUGCAACACCGACUCCGGGUGAAGGUCCGCCUUCUAAUCAGCCCGCAGAAGAACCGAAUAGGCUUCGGACACUUCUUAGUAAGAAGCAAACAGGUAACGAUAGCGGGGUUAAUUCAAACAAUCGGAUCUUGAAAGAUUUGCUAAAGCAAGAAGACGAGGAGGCUACGGGUAGCGAAACGUCCGCGCCGCAUACGCCUCACACUCCGCAUACGCCGCUGACUCCGCACACGCCGCACACGCCCAGCGCCGCGCUGUCGCCGCUGCACACGGCGCAGGCGCACGCGCGCCCGCCGCCGCACCCGCCGCACGCGCCGCACGCGCCGCACCAGCCGCACCAGCCGCACGCGCAACACCAGCAGCACCCGCAGCACCCGCAGCACCAGCCGCAUCAGCAACACCAGCCGCACGGCUCGCACAUGCCUAACGCGACGCACUCCAUGCAGCAGGGGCAGCAUCAUAAUAAUUCUGAUGUCUUAUUAAGGAUACUAAAUGAAAAAACAGACGAGGAUGCGGAGGAAAACAGGAGAAAUUCCGCAGAUGGAACCAGAGGAGUGUCACAACCUAGUGCUCUGCUUUCACAGCUGCUCUCUAGUAGUAAUGGGCCGGCAGGCAACGGACGACCUCACGACAGCAGUGAAAACUAUCUAGAGAGAAUGGCCGCAGUAAAACGAAAGUUCGAUGAUGCUAAAGGAAUGUCCAGUAGUUCAAAGAGGGCUACGCCUGAAAACCAGCAGGUUACUUCGAGUGCCCUUCCUGCGGCAUCGUCUACCGCUUCUUCGACGGCCACGAGCCCGGCAACCAGCAGUAGUCUGGGACAGAGCCUUUUAUGCCAAAAGAACCAAAUUCUGGUAUCGUUACUGGCGCGGCAGCAGACGACGCCGACGACGCCGCUGCCGCUGCCCAACCCUAACCUGCGCGCGUACGGGCCCACGGCCAGGCCGCGCCCGCCGCAGCCGCCGCAGCUGCCGCAACAGCCGCAGCAACCGCCGCAGCGACACCACGUCUCGACGCUUUCCAAUAUACUCACCGGCACGAACCAUCGAACCAGCAUGAACGGCGGUGGUAACGGCGGCGGCGGCGCGGGCGGCGCGGAGUGCCCCGUGAGCAUGGCGGGCUCCAGCCACCUGCAGAUGGUGCUGCAGAGCGGCGAGCUGGCCGGCGGCGCGCUGGCGGGCGGCGCGCGCGCCUACCCCGCGCCCGCGCCCGCCGCGCUGCACUACGGGACCACCGCCCCGCACCUCGCCUACAACAACCAGCCCCCCAGUGGCAGUACUAGAGCCCAGAGUGGAGGCGGUGGAGGAGGAGACAGUGAAGUUCCUAGCGACCAGACAUUGUCCGAUCUCUUAGAUGAGGUGAUCGAGAACAUGCCCGACGCUGACCGAUCGGCAGCCGACGUUAAUGUUCGGCAACGACAAGGAAUGAAGGAGAAGAACGCCAUGAUCAACGCCAUCCGGCAGAGCCUGAUGCAGUGUGAAACGGUAGGCAAGGCGGCCGGCGGGUCGAGCCCGGGCGGCGGGGCGGGCGCGGCGGGCGCGGCGGGCGGCGCGGGCGGCGCGUACGCGGGCAGCCCGGCGCGCGCCGCGUCCCCCGAGCCGCGCGAGCGCUGGCGCGCGCUGCAGGCGGGCGCCGCGCUGUACGCCGACCCGGCGCGGGCGCGCGCGCUCGUCGAGCAGCAGCGAGCGCGACUGCUCGAGCUGCAGCGCACGCAGCAGAUGCUCGUGUCGCCAGAGGCUACUGAGCAACCACAGGCUGAUUUGGGCUCCACCAUCAACGCCUUGGUUUCAGCGACUCCGCCUAACGUGACUUUAACACGUACGGACUAUCAACAUCAAAUAUAUCACCAAAACAGUCAAAUGGGUCCACAUUAUGGUACCAAUAAAAUAACGACAUCGCAACAGAAUCCAAUGUUGAGUCGACAGCUCAGUGUGGCUGGAUCAGGCGGGUAUUCUCGCGGCGGCGGUGCGGGCGGGCACUCGGCGGCCGCGCUGCACACGCCCAUGACGCCGGCGCCGCCGCCCUCCACGCCGCAGCCCUACCACCGGCCGCCGCACCAGCCGCACGCGCCGCACGCGCCUCACGCGCCGCACCAGCCGCACGCGCCGCAUGCGCCGCACGCACCGCUCGCGCCGCGCCCGCAUCUAGGUAACGCAACCAUGUCAUAG